AACUACAUCUCCCAUGUUACAAUUCGUCUUACGGCAUGUAAGUUAAUUGGGUUAUUUGUUUCCACGUUGGUUUCUGAUAUUUAGAAAGCCUAAAUAACGCUAAAGCUUUUCAUGGUACUUGAAACUUCAUCAGCUUAUAAGCUUUAACUUUAUUUUUUCAAGCAAUGCAAAGCAUGUGGAUGUCGGCAGCCGGGAGACAGCUGCUUAAUCGGUGUUCCUUGUACUUGGAUGUAGGCCUGGCGCAUCCGAGGACUAAACGUUACACUUUCCGGGUAGCAAGCAGUGUAACCGGCAAGCGUGAAGCGCAGUGUGCUAUAUUCUCAUCGAACGAGCAAGCUGUCACAUCUGGAGUAUCAUUUUUUCCGCAAGGACAACCAUGUGGGAUUAUUGAGAAAGAGCGCGGCAGUGUAUUUCUGCAAUGCACGAAGGCGGACACUGAAGGGCGCUGGAAGCAUAAGCAUUACGAUCAUUGGCAGCAAUGGCGAACGGGCGCCGCUAGAGGAGGGGCCUGGGCGGCGAGUUUGUCUCUAAUUGGAGUGGCUUGCUGUCUGAAAAAGGAGUCGGACGUCAAAGGUGAAGCUCUUUUAGGGGCUGCCCACUCCAACAAUGUCCAGGAAGUGAGAAGGCUUCUUUCAGAAGGACUUGAUUUGAACUAUCGUCAUCGCCUAGGCUGGACUGCGCUAAUGGUAGCAGCAAUGAACCGCAGCACCUUAGUGGUGAAAGAACUAUUAGCAGCUGGAGCAGAUCCAGACCUUGGAGAUGAGUUCAGUAAUGUCUAUGAUAUGUCCAGGCAGAAAAGUAUUCACUCUUUAGAAGUUCUGGUGACCAGGGAAGAUGAGUUUAGUAACCGACUGAAUAGUCGGGCUAGUUUUCGUGGUUGCACUGCACUUCACUAUGCUGUUUUAGCAGAUGACUUUUGUACUGUUCAGACGCUGCUGGAAGGAGGUGCUAACCCCCUGCUGUUCAAUGAAAUGGAACACACUCCAGCAGCAUAUGCUAAAGAAGGAGAGCUACUUAAGUUGCUUAAGUCAUGGGAAGUGAAGUUUCAGGAGUUACAGCAUCGUCGAGAAGCAGAGGAAAGAAGACGCUUCCCCCUGGAGCGAAGAUUGAAAGAACACAUUAUUGGUCAGGAGGGUGCUAUUACCACCGUGGCUUCAGCAAUCCGGAGAAAAGAGAAUGGAUGGUAUGAUGAAGAACACCCUUUAGUCUUUCUUUUUCUUGGGUCAUCUGGAAUUGGUAAAACAGAACUAGCGAAGCAGGUGGCGAGAUACAUGCAUAAAGAUGUCAAAAAGGGCUUUAUUCGAAUGGACAUGUCAGAAUUCCAGGAAAAACAUGAAGUUGCAAAGUUCAUUGGUUCCCCACCAGGUUAUAUAGGCUAUGAUGAAGGCGGACAGCUAACAAAACGUCUGAAGCAGUGUCCAAAUGCAGUUGUACUAUUUGAUGAAGUUGAUAAGGCUCAUCCAGAUGUAUUGACAAUCAUGCUACAACUAUUUGAUGAGGGUCGGCUAACAGAUGGAAAAGGAAAAACUAUAGAAUGCAAAGAUGCUAUAUUUAUAAUGACUUCUAAUGUAGCCAGUGAUGAAAUUGCCCAGCAUGCUCUACAGCUAAGACAGGAAGCCCAAGAAAUAAGCCGAAGAAGAAUAGCUGAGAAUCUGGAUGAUAUACAGAUCAACGAUAAAAUUGCAAUAUCCAAAAAGUUCAAGGAAAAUGUUAUUCGCCCCAUAUUGAAGGCCCAUUUUCGCAGAGAUGAGUUUCUUGGUCGAAUCAACGAGAUUGUUUACUUUCUUCCAUUCAGCCACCCAGAGCUCAUACAGUUGGUCAAUAAGGAGUUAAACUUUUGGGCCAAAAAGGCAAAACAAAGACACAACAUCACCCUGCUCUGGGACAGAGAAGUAAUGGAUGUGCUAGCAGGAGGCUACAACCUGCAUUAUGGUGCACGUUCUAUCAAACACGAGGUGGAACGACGGAUUGUGAAUCAGUUGGCCGCAGCAUAUGAACAGGAACUUCUUCCUCAUGGCUGCACUCUUCGUGUCACAGUGGAUUACACAGACCAGCAAAACCUUCAGGGUAGCAGAGGCAAAAAUUCAGACACUCAUAGUCCUAGCUUGCACCUUGAAAUUGUGGGAGAUGAUAGUACAUCCCGAAAACUGGACAUUAGAUCUCCACUGAACCCAGAUGAACUGCAGUUCUCCCUCUGAUGUUAAAACCUGCACAUUCUUCAAGUAUAUGCUACCUUCCAUAUUAUUAGGAAUUCCAGACUAUAGGCAUUCUGUAAAACAUGUGGAUGUGCAUCAUCUGUUGGAUUAAAGUGGCUUUGGAAGAUCAUGGGCACUAUCAGUAACUUUACAGAUUAAAUCCAAAUUGUUGUGAUUUA